UACGAAUUUUGAGUUGACCAAUCAGAGCGCCGCUCGCUUCAGCGCCGGGAGAGCAGGAGUUACACAGCGGACACGGCGCUCUGAGCUGCUAAGCUAAGAUAAAUUAUAUCAGUUUUUGGAGGAUUGGAGAGAACUGAGCUGGUGUAAAAUCUCAAGAUGACUGGCUCAAACGAGUUCAAGCUGAACCAGCUGCCUGACGACAGCAUCUCUGCAGUGAAGUUCAGUCCCACCACAUCCCAGUUUCUCCUGGUCUCCUCCUGGGAUUCCACAGUCCGUCUGUACGAUGUUGGAGGGAACUCAAUGAGGAUGAAGUACCAGCAUCUGGCACCGGUGCUCGACUGUGCCUUUUAUGAUCCAACACAUGCUUGGAGCGGUGGACUGGAUAAUCAGUUAAAGAUGCAUGACUUAAAUACAGAUCAAGACACAAUAGUCGGAACACAUGAUGCACCGAUUCGGUGUGUGGAGUACUGCCCAGAGGUUAAUGUUAUGGUGACGGGCAGCUGGGACAUGUCUGUGAGGCUGUGGGACCCUCGCACCCCCUGCAAUGCUGGCACCUUCACCCAGCCUGAGAAGGUCUACACACUGUCUGUGGCUGGGGAUCGGCUCAUAGUGGGGACGGCCGGAAGAAGGGUGCUCGUCUGGGACCUGAGAAACAUGGGAUACGUCCAGCAGAGGCGGGAGUCCAGUCUGAAAUACCAGACCCGCUGCAUCCGGGCCUUCCCCAACAAACAGGGCUACGUUCUGAGCUCGAUUGAGGGAAGGGUGGCUGUGGAGUAUCUGGACCCCAGUCUGGAGGUACAGAAGAAGAAAUAUGCUUUUAAGUGCCACAGGCUGAAGGAGAACGGCAUAGAGCAGGUGUACCCCGUCAACGCAAUCUCCUUCCACAGCGUCCACAACACUUUCGCCACAGGUGGCUCUGACGGCUUUGUCAACAUCUGGGACCCGUUUAACAAGAAGCGCCUGUGCCAGUUCCACCGGUACUCCACCAGCAUCGCCUCGCUGGCCUUCAGCAAUGACGGCUCUCUGGUGGCCAUUGCUUCGUCCUACAUGCAGGAGCAGGGCGACAUCUCCCACCCCGCAGACGCCAUCUACAUCCGCCAGGUCACUGACGCAGAGACCAAACCCAAGUCAACCUGAGCCAUGUCCUUAUUGCUGUGUUCAGGAAGGAUUUUCAGGAAUCUCCUGAAGUUUUCAGUCUGAUGAACUUCUGCUGGCAUCCAGUUGUUGAUAAAUCUUCAUUUUUUUUUCCUGUGCUUUUUUUCUUCUUUAUCAUCUUUUCUAUGUUAUUAACAAAGUUCUGUAAGUGUUAAUGUUUCUUAUUGCUCUUUUACCUUUUAUUCCUGUAUGUGGUCCAGUGUGUGUUUAGUGUUUAUCAAAAAUAAACACAUCUGUUGGUUUAAUAAA